GUUAUUUUUAUAAGGAGUACGAUGACGAAAAGGACAGUUCUAAACGAGGUGUACAAGGGAUUGGUGGAAGAAAUGCACAUACCUGCUGAUCUGCAUGAGCGAGAUGGCAAGAAGUUUGCUAGCUUCGGCUCUGUACUUCCUAUUCACUGUGCCACGCCAGAACAGGUAGAGCAGAUGUCGCGGAACACGCACCACUAUUGCGACGUGUUCACACCGGACCUGCUCGCGCCGCUCGACGACCUCGCCUUCGUGCGCCUCGACGAAAACACCGCCGAGAAGGUGUUCCUGAACCGCAGCAAGCGCAUCCUACUGGUGUCGAGCGACGGGCGGCUGGCGCAGUGGCGCAGCGCGCCCAGCUUCGAGUCGGCCAACCGCUACGUGGGCGGCGCGCCGCUCGUCACGCGCGCCGGCGCGCUGGCCUCCGUGCUCACGGCGCGCCUCGGACACCACUACGCCGUGUCCGCCUUCGAGGGCGACAGCGGUUACUUUGAGACCUCUAAGCCCUGGGAGACGGUGGACAUCGAGGAGGGCAAGUUCUACUAUGGAGAUAAAGGCUUCGACACCAGGGAACAACUGACCCACUAUUUGGAAAACCUUCCUCCCGCAGAGGUUAAUUCGACCUCUCCUCCGAGGCCCAUUCUGCUGAGAGGCAAGACUCCUAGGGUAGUACUGAUGGCGGAGAAUGGAAGGCAGCUCUCCCACCAUUACUUGUGCGGGGUUUUGGCUAACGAUGUUGAAUAUUUGUAAGGUUUUAUAUUACACAAUUCAAAGGCGAAAGCGUUGCUUGUUGUACAGACGCUUCUGAUACCACACUGUAGUAAUCGUAUUCAUGUUUUCAUUUCAAUUCAUGUAAAUAUAAUAAUACAAUAAAUCAUAAUAAUAAUCGUUCACACAUUUACAAUAAAAAUUAAAACUCCCGUCACGAUAACUUUCGAUAAUCACGAUUAGUUUACUUACUUCAUAAAUAACUUCGGAUCUUUUACCAAAAUUCUUCUAUUUCAAAUAACUGGCAAAAUCCGUCUGUUUCGUAAGUACACUUUAGCUUUAUUUAGUGGCUUUACCCAAACUGUUGUUGAGCGGGUGAAUAGUUAAAGUGCUGUCUACUUCUUUCGAAUGUCAAAUCAACGAUAAGAGA